AUGAGUAAUAUUUUCAAUUGUUGUAUGAUCGGUAAGUCAAGAAUUCAGAUCUUUGGUGUUAUUGCAAAGCUUCUUAUUCCUAUUUUGGUUUUCUUUCCAGUUUGACACUAGCCUAAUUCCAUUGGGAAUAUUUUUCAUCUCAAAAACAUUUUUCAAAAAAAAAACAAAAAUAAUAUUUUUCAAAUUGCCACACACACUGCGUAAACAGCGGAGCAUUGUUGUUUUCUUUUUUUUUCUCUGAAAAAACCACAUGUUGUUUACAGCUAGUAAAAAAGCAAUCGAUUUAAAAUGCAGUGUUUUUUCUGGCAAUUUCUGAAUGGGAUUCCCUGAAUGGGGCUAAUUUUCAAAAACAGGGCUAAAAAGUAAAACUGAAUGGGGUCCAAAAAAUGUGUCUGAAUGGGACCCGCCUGAAUGGGGCUAAUUCUCGAAAGUAAUAAGAUAAUCUGAAUGGGACCCGACUGAAAGGGGCUAAUUUUUAAAAAUAAAUAGUUUUCUGAAUGGGACCCGACUGAAUGGGGCUAAAAAUCAAAUAAAUAUUAGAAAAACUGAAUGGGACCCCGUUUAGUCAGUCGAUUUCCGGAUUUCCGGACUCUUCAAAAUUUUGAAUUGCGUUUGAUAUUCAGUUUUCAAGUUUGAUUACUACUUUCGUUUGUUUAUCAAUAGAUAUAGAUUGAAAGCCUAAUUUUUUUUUUAAUUCUGAAGAACCCUUAAAUUUCAUCUUAAAACCGGAGAACACGAUUUUUAAAAAUAGCUAAUUUUUCAUAAAUAUUAGGAUAUAAAUAAAUCUGGAAAUGUAUUUUUUCCAGUUUCUAACGUAAAAAAUUUAAUGUUUCCUUUCGAACCUGCUUACGAUACUUCUAGUUUGCCGUUUGUCCUAGUAAAAUUCAAAUUUUUCGCACCUAUGUGUCAAAAUGUGGUGUUUUUGGGAAGCCACCUUGCCAAAAUACAACUUUUUUCCUAAAUUGUGUUGAGAGACACAUCUUUUAAGGGCUGAAUGAGUGAGAUACAGAAAAAAUGUCGGAAUUUAGAUCUUAAUUGGAAAUUCGGACUAUUUUUUUUUAGUUCCAAGCUCCAUAUUUCCAAGCUCCAUACUUCAUAUGAAGCUGCAAGUUUUAUAAUUCUGAAAUUCUAAUUGGGCUAAUGAGAACCAAAAACCUAUUGAUAAUGCAAAAACAUCGCACCAGAAGCUCAAACCCACGUACCGAAUACUACAUGUCGAAAUCGAGAAAAUUAAAUUUCGCAUAAAAAUAUAUUCCCAAUGUAUACAUUGGGAAUAUAUUUUACGUAGGUUACCUGUAGGUUAGCUCCUUUCAAAGUUCUUCCGGAAUUUUAUUCUUCAAAAUCAAACAUUUUGGGAAUACCCUAAGGAAUAAAAUUGUGAUAAACACAUGAAAAAACAAACUACUAUUUCAGAAAAGUAGUAAUCAAACUUGAAAACUGAAUAUCAAACGCAAUUCAAAAUUUUGAAGAGUCCGGAAAUCCGGAAAUCGACUGACUAAACGGGGUCCCAUUCAGUUUUUCUAAUAUUUAUUUGAUUUUUAGCCCCAUUCAGUCGGGUCCCAUUCAGAAAACUAUUUAUUUUUAAAAAUUAGCCCCUUUCAGUCGGGUCCCAUUCAGAUUAUCUUAUUACUUUCGAGAAUUAGCCCCAUUCAGGCGGGUCCCAUUCAGACACAUUUUUUGGACCCCAUUCAGUUUUACUUUUUUAGCCCUGUUUUUGAAAAUUAGCCCCAUUCAGGGAAUCCCAUUCAGAAAUUGCCGUUUUUUCUGCAAUGAGAACAGAAUAUGAGUCACUUUUAUGUUAUUAUUCGAUGAUAGAGAAACAAUAUUUUUUGUUUUGUUUUGUUCUGUUGAAAAAAUACUCAAGUGAAUGAAAAAAUAAAAUAAAUAUAGUUAUAUAUCAAUCUAGUUUUUUUAGUUGUUGUUUUUUGAUAAGUUGUUAUUGUUGGGGGGUUUUCUAACUAGGCAUUCUCUUUCCUCUUUUUUUGACAUUUUUUUUUCUGGUCGGCUCUUUUUCUAAUAUUUUUUAUGCACAAACAAAGUUCUUUUUCUUCGAAAUCUAAAUAGUAUUUGUUCUGAAUCUGAUGUUGCCUUUUCUAGUUACAAUGGGACCAUUAGGUUCGUAUUGAUUAUGCGCAUUUAUCAAUUAUAAUUAAUCAAUAUUAUCAAUUUAUCGAAAAUUUUCAGAUCCCGAUCGUCCGAUCAGUGGCUCAAACGAGGAAGGUUAUCAGAAGAGGCAAAUAAGUGAAGGUUUUGCCACUUCAAAUCCACAUACCGACGGAAUAACAAUGGCUGAUGAUGAAGAAGAAGUUAUUCAAAAAGUGCACGUGCAACCUGAUGAAUUUAAUGGUUUGAUUGGAAGCAUUGCUGGAAAUCUUAUUCGAGAUAAGGUAACUUUUCGCACUUUUAUUUAGUGAUCUACAUAGAUUUUAUACAUAUUUGUUUCAGGUCGGUGGUGCUGGAGGUGAUAUCCUCGGCGGUCUCGCUAGUAAUUUCUUGGGUAACCUUGGAGGAGGCGGCGGCGGAGGAGGAGGCGGUGGUGGCUUCCAAGGUGGAAAUGGUGGAUUCGGAGGUGGCGGCGGUGGAAACUUUGGUGGAGGUUUGUUUGUACAAGAUCUAAUUGUGUUUUUUAAAUCACACAGCUUUUUCGUUGUUGUUCCUUUAUCUGCUGUUGUUUUUUCCUAAAUGUGUAGUCGUAUAGAAUCAUCAAAUAAUCGAGGCGGCGGUGGAUCAUGGGAACCGAAAAGAAAACGAGAUGUUGCGAUGGAUGUUAUUGGUGGAUUGAUUAGUUCGGGAGCUGCUGGUAAUUUGAUUGAUGGAAUUGUGAAUCGAAAAAAUAAGCAGACCGGGGGAAUUGGAAAUGGAAGUGGAGGGAAUAAUAAUCGACAAGGAAAUGAUGUUCAUAUAGAUAGUAAUAAUGGUGUGGUUUUAUUUUUGAAGAACUGUUUUGUGUUUGUUAACAAAGUUUUGUAUUUUUUUGAACUCCCACCUCAAGUACGCGUGGCUAAUUACAACUCUAGGCGACAUUUUUGAUUGAAAUUGAAUCAUCAUUUUCAUAAAGAAAUUGAGACACUUCGUCCCUAAAAAUUUUCCUAACCUUUUUGCUUUCUACCGUACCUCUUGCGAGCACCUCACUUUUUAUUUUUAUUUUGAGUUUGCAUGUUUUGUAGGUGGUUCAAAACAACAGGAUCCAUUGGCUGGUUUGAUUGGUGGAUUAAUUGGUGGUGGUGGCUCAACUAACACUGGUCCCAGAUCUAUCAAAUUCUAAAUCAAAAUACUCAUAUUUUCCAGGCGGCGGCGGGGGCGGCGGUGGUUUCAACUUGAAUGAUCUUGGCGGAAUUAUCAAUUCACUACAAGGCGGUGGCGGCGGACAAGGACAAGGCGGAAAUCGAUCAGGUGGAACUGAUUUCGGAAGUAUUUUGGGUGGAAUUGGAAGUUUGAUUGGCGGCGGGGGAGGUGGACAAUAUAAUGGUGGAGGAGGAAAUGUGAAUCCAAAUCGAUUGAAUGGUGGAAUGGUGAAUAUUAUUGGAAAUCUUAUCGGUGAAGCUGCUCAUCGAUUUUUGGGAGUUGAUCCAGGAACAGGAAGAAUUAUUGGAGCUGUUGCUGGAAAUGUUAUCAUGGGUUUGGGUGGAAAAGACAAUUCACUUGGAAACAUCGGAAAAGUCAUUCUCGACAAUAUUAUUUCCGGUAAAUUCCGCAGAGAUGUUGAUCCAUUCGUCCGUCCCGGUCCUAAUCCAAGUGGCGGCGGCGGUGGUGGAGGACCAUCUCCAAUUGCUCCACGGCCAACCACAGAACCACAAGAUUUCUAUGCGUUGCGUGACGAAUGUUUGGCGAGUAAAUCGUUGUUCGAAGAUCCGCAAUUCCUUGCAAACGAUUCUUCGUUGUUCUUCAGUAAAAGACCACCAAAACGUGUUGAGUGGUUGAGACCUGGACAAAUUACACGUGAACCUCAAUUGAUUACUGAGGGACAUUCACGUUUUGAUGUUAUUCAAGGAGAAUUGGGAGAUUGUUGGCUUUUGGCUGCAGCUGCUAAUUUGACUUUGAAAGAUGAAUUGUUCUAUCGUGUUGUUCCACCAGAUCAAUCUUUCACUGAAAAUUAUGCUGGUUAGUUUUUUGUUGGGAAAGGGAGGGGCGGUUGCGAACAAUUCUAAACAUUCAGAAAACUAUUCCAAAAAGUUUGCUGAAAGUUUAGAAAAAUCAAGUUUUGUGUACUAUAGAUUUUAGAGAUUCAAUAAAUUUAUAUUCGAAUUUCAAUUCAGAAGUUGACAAAACGUCCGAAGAUUUUUAAAAUUACUUUUUUAUUUAAAAAAAUUGGAAAAUAAAAAUCUUUUGGAAAAAUGUGACGUCAUAACACAUUCAAUUUUACACCACGAUUUUCAAAUCGCUCCCUUCACCCAUAAAAACUCGUAACCCUUUUCCUUCCAGGAAUUUUCCAUUUCCAAUUCUGGCAAUAUGGAAAAUGGGUCGAUGUCGUCAUCGAUGAUCGUCUUCCAACAUCAAAUGGCGAAUUAUUGUAUAUGCAUUCAGCAUCAAACAAUGAAUUCUGGAGUGCUUUGCUCGAAAAAGCUUAUGCUAAACUUUUCGGUUCUUAUGAAGCAUUGAAAGGUGGAACUACAUCGGAAGCAUUGGAAGAUAUGACUGGAGGUCUUACCGAAUUUAUUGAUCUCAAAAAUCCACCAAAAAAUCUGAUGCAAAUGAUGAUGAGAGGAUUCGAAAUGGGAUCUUUGUUUGGUUGUUCGAUUGAAGCUGAUCCAAAUGUUUGGGAAGCUAAGAUGAGCAAUGGAUUGGUUAAAGGCUAGUGAAUAGAUAUUUUGAAACUCAAUUCAUAAUAAUUCUUCAGGUCACGCAUAUUCCAUUACCGGAAUGAGAAUUGUUGAUGGACCAAAUGGUCAAGUUUGCAUUCUUCGAAUUAGAAAUCCAUGGGGAAAUGAACAAGAAUGGAAUGGACCAUGGUCUGAUAAUUCGAGAGAAUGGAGAAGUGUUCCAGAUUCGGUUAAACAAGAUAUGGGUUUGAAGUUCGAUCAUGAUGGAGAAUUCUGGAUGUCAUUUGAAGAUUAUAUGAGAAACUUCGAGAAAAUGGAGAUUUGUAAUCUUGGUCCUGAUGUUAUGGACGAAGUUUAUGAAAUGACUGGAGUUAAGGCGGCUGCUUUGACAUGGGCUGCAAAUACACACGAUGGAGCUUGGAUUAGAAAUCAAACUGCCGGUGGAUGCAGAAAUUAUAUUAGUUAGUUUUGGGGAAAUUAAGGGAAGGGUAUGGAGCAAAACCAAAAACUUUCGAAAAUUGUUUCGAACAAAUCUUUAAAAUCAAGAAUCGGAAAGAAUUUUCUGUGAAUUUUAUUUUAUUUUUUGUAUAAAUUACGUGUCUCUCAAAUUUUUCUCACCGGAAUUCGUUUUAUUCAGAUACAUUCGCCAAUAAUCCACAAUUCCGUGUUCAAUUAACCGAUUCGGAUCCAGACGAUGAUGAUGAACUGUGUACUGUCAUUUUCGCUGUUAUGCAAAAAUACAGACGUAAUUUGAAACAAGACGGACUCGAUAAUGUUCCAAUUGGUUUCGCUGUUUAUGAUGUAAGUCUUUUUCGCUCUGAAAUUUCAGAUUCUUGAUCUUAAAUCAUUAUUUUCAGAUGGCCAAUGUAAGUACUUUAAAAAGUGGUAAAACAUUCCUGUGUUUUUUUUUGUGUUCGAGUAUUUAGAAAUUGUUUUUGUGUGCCUUUUAGUGCAUAAGUUAUUAAUCCUAAUGCUAAAAGUGAUUAAAAUUAACCCGUUUAACAGAAAGUUUGAUGAAAGAAAUAAAUGAAAUUUUUUAGGCCGGAGGUUAUCGCGGAAGAUUGACCAAACAAUUCUUCGCUGCUAAUAAAUCGUCAAUGAGAAGUGCUGCAUUCAUCAAUUUGAGAGAGGUAAGUAGUUUUUAUAAGUAUAGAGAUUGAAUGUCAGAAUAUUUGCAAAAAUCAAAUCCACUUCAAAAGUGAGAGUACAUUUUGAUCAGUAAAUGAAGGAAUAUUUCGAAAUUUAUCAUUUCUUUAUAAUGUGACCAGAUUUUAGUCACUAAAAAUUGAGAAUUUAGAGGUUUUGCAGAAAACGUUCUUUUCCUACUUUCCGAAAUACAUAAUUUCUCGCAAAAAUAGACCUACUGGUUUUUUUUUCGAUAGUAAAAAGCUUACGCUUUUUCUUUUCAAUCAAUUUCUCCCAAAACUUAAAAUUUUUCAGAUGACUGGUCGUUUCCGUGUUCCACCAGGUAAUUAUGUAAUUGUUCCAUCAACAUUCGAACCAAAUGAAGAAGCUGAAUUCAUGCUUCGAACAUAUACAAAUGGAUUUAUCGAAUCAUCUGAACUCUAA